CGCGUCUUCUAAGUGAAUCCUUAGCAACCCUAACAAAGUGAAUAGUGUAUGUUAGCAGCUAAUGUUUUAUCACUUUUCAAAGCAGUGCAUUUUAACAUUGUCGUAGAUUUCAUUGCAAUUUAUUAACUAUACCCAUGUGCACAAAAAUGAGACCCUUAGAUAUAACCAAAGACAGGAGCGAUUUGAGAACAGAGGGAUUUACCGUGAAAUCAACCAUGAAGAAUUCUGUGGUGGUUGGGCCCCCAGCUGCGGGAGCAUUCCGUGAGAGGCCAGCCAAACCAACGGCGUUCCGUAAGUUCUACGAGCGAGGAGACUUCCCCAUUGCCCUAGAGCAUGAUACCAAGGGAAACCGCAUCGCAUGGAAGGUGGAGAUUGAGAAGCUGGAUUACCACCACUACCUGCCCCUGUUCUUUGAUGGGCUGUGUGAGACGGGCCACCCCUAUGAGUUCUUUGCCCGACAGGGAGUCCAUGACAUGCUGGAGCACGGGGGCACCAAGAUCCUGCCCGUUAUCCCCCAGCUCAUCAUCCCCAUCAAGAAUGCACUGAACACUAGGAACCGGCAGGUGAUCUGCACCACGCUGAAAGUGCUGCAGCACCUGGUGGUGUCAGGAGACAUGGUGGGGGAGGCGCUGGUGCCAUACUACAGGCAGAUUCUACCCAUCCUCAACAUCUUCAAGAACAUGAACAUAAACUCGGGCGAUGGCAUUGACUACAGCCAGCAGAAGAGAGAGAACAUUGGCGACCUGAUCCAGGAGACUCUGGAGGUGUUUGAGCGUUAUGGCGGCGAAGAUGCCUUCAUCAACAUCAAAUACAUGGUGCCCACCUACGAGUCCUGCCUGCUCAACUAAACCUACCUCCCCACACACACACACACCUCUCCACCAUCUCCAUGGACUGAAGGCUCAAAGCCAUGAGUCAUUCUCACAAGAGUUUCAUAUAACCUAUUAUUAAACCAUAUACUGCUCA